AAUCAAAACACACAUCAAAAUCAAAACCUUCUCUUCUUCUUCUUCUUGCGAGUUGCACCGAAACACUCAACAAAACCAAACCAUCCAAAUUUGGUAAAAUAAAAGAAACCCAAAAGAAGAAGAUCGAAUUCAAGAAAAGAGAUGGAGAAUGGAUCAACGACGAGCACAAUUACCAUCAAAGGGAUUCUGAGUUUGCUAAUGGAAAGUAUCUCAGAGGAAGAAGAAGGAAAGAGAGUUAUAUCUCUAGGAAUGGGAGACCCAACACUAUACUCGUGUUUUCGUACAACACAAGUCUCUCUUCAAGCUGUUUCGGAUUCUCUUCUCUCUAACAAGUUCCAUGGUUAUUCUCCUACCGUCGGUCUUCCCCAAGCUCGAAGGGCAAUUGCAGAGUAUCUAUCGCGUGAUCUUCCAUACAAAUUGUCAGUAGAUGAUGUGUUUAUCACAUCGGGUUGUACGCAAGCGAUUGAUGUAGCAUUGUCUAUGUUGGCUCAUCCUAGGGCCAAUAUUCUGCUUCCAAGACCUGGUUUUCCAAUCUAUGAACUCUGUGCUAAGUUUAGACACCUUGAGGUUCGCUACGUCGAUCUACUUCCAGAAAACGGAUGGGAGAUCGAUCUUGAUGCUGUCGAGUCGCUUGCAGACGAAAACACUGUUGCUUUGGUUGUUAUAAACCCUGGUAAUCCUUGUGGGAAUGUCUAUAGUUAUCAGCAUUUGAUGAAGAUUGCGGAAACAGCGAAAAAACUCGGGUUUCUUGUGAUUGCUGAUGAGGUUUACGGUCAUCUUGCUUUUGGUAGCAAACCGUUUGUGCCAAUGGGUGUGUUUGGAUCUAUUGUUCCGGUGCUUACUCUUGGCUCUUUAUCAAAGAGAUGGAUAGUUCCUGGUUGGCGGCUCGGGUGGUUUGUGACCACUGAUCCUUCUGGUUCGUUUAAGGACCCUAAGAUCAUCGAGCGGUUUAAGAAAUACUUUGAUAUUCUUGGAGGACCAGCUACAUUUAUUCAGGCUGCAGUUCCCACUAUUUUGGAACAGACGGAUGAAUCAUUCUUCAAGAAAACUUUGAACUCGUUGAAGAACUCUUCGGAUAUUUGCUGUGACUGGAUCAAGGAGAUUCCUUGCAUCGAUUCCUCACAUCGACCAGAAGGAUCCAUGGCAAUGAUGGUUAAGCUGAAUCUCUCAUUACUUGAAGAUGUAAGCGACGAUAUCGACUUCUGUUUCAAGUUAGCUAGAGAAGAAUCAGUCAUCCUUCUUCCCGGGACCGCAGUGGGGCUGAAGAACUGGCUGAGGAUAACGUUUGCGGCAGAUGCACCUUCGAUCGAAGAAGCUUUUAAAAGGAUCAAAUGUUUCUAUCUUAGACAUGCCAAGACUCAAUAUCCAACCUUAUAGUUGAUUUCUGAUUUUGGUAUGGUCAUAAAUUAUCCCUAAAUUA